AUGAAGGCUCAUGGAGCCCCCGAGCUGUGGAGCCCACAGAAGAGGAAGCCCACGAACAACGGCUGGGGAUUUGUAGUGAGAAUGCAGCACAAGACAGUGUACGCACACGGAGUGCUUCCUGACGGCUUUCUUCGCCGAUUUGUCACCCGGCGAGCCUUUAUCUACAUGAUGGAGAUACUGGCAGCGGUGAUGGCAGUCUACGUUAGACACGAGCUGCCCAAGUACUUCAUCCUGUUUGUGGACAAUCAGGCUGGAAAUCGGCCCUUCAAAAAGGGUUGGUACCCACACUUCGAAUAUGUGAAAUCGGAGCUCAAUAUCAGUGACCCGAUUAGCCGCCACGACACUACUGAAGCUGCCAAAGCUGGUUGGUCCGAGAUGAAGAUCGACACCAACGGUCUGCUGGAGACCCUGGAAUCUUUCUCACAGGAUCCCAGCGGCUCCAUUACCGACUUGUUGUCACAACUUACUACCUUCUAG